AUGAGAUAUAAUAUUAGAUUUAUCGUUGCUUUGAUAGUAACUUUCAUUCCUUUCAUAAUAGAUUCAACGUUCGCUUGCGAAAAAGAUUGUCGUAUUGGUGUGGCUCAAGCAUUUGUUGAUUCAUAUGCUUUAGAAUUACAACCAAUGUUCACCGACCUUUCACAAAAAAUAACGAAAAAUCUUUAUUAUAACGAUAACACGUCACUCAGUAAAAUCACGACGGAUCCUUCCUUGGCAUCUAACGUUCUAAAAUCGAUUUAUACGUCAACAAGUGAAUUGGUGAAUAAGACAUUAUUGCAAACCGUAAUCUCGGAAUCGCCAAGAAAAAUUCAUGAUGCCAUAUUUGAAACCGAACCAAAGUUUAAAGGGGAUUGCAAUAAUCCAAAGAGGGUGACACAACCUCCACCUGGUAUUGCUUGGACCUUUGACGAUUGCAAAAAAAUGGAUUACAUUUGUGGUAACCCUCCUUCCGUUUGUCAUUUUUUUGAGGAUAAUCGAAGUAGAAGCAUUAAAGCCAUUGUUAGCAAUGUUCAAUCCCAUUGUUCUAAUGGCGAUUUUUACGAUAGGAUCAUGUCAAAUAUUAAAACUGUUGCGACUCAUGGUGGAAUAGAAUCGGAUGGUGUAAAUUACCUGUUGAACCAAACCAGCACGGCAAUUAAACAACAUUUAGACCAAUUCCCCGCUGCUUUUCAAAUGAAUUUCUGCAGCAAUAACACGUGUAAUAAAUAUGAUCACAAAAUCAAAGAGUUACUUUUAACGUAUCCUUAG